UGUCUGAAUAAAUUAUGGUUUGACUGUACCAUUGUUCUUAUUUUUAUACAUACAAUAUCCCCAUAAAGUAUUCUAACGCUUACAGUUAGCCACACUGAAAAUGUCUGAAUCUCACUGCAUUAGAGGAUAAAAUAUCUAUAAAUAUUAGUUAGUUAGUUUUUUUUUAUUGCCACUUGCCAUGCCAUUUGGUUCGACAUUUUACAUUUUCAGAGAGGCCUCGAUAUUAUAGGGUCAGUCACAGUUUUUGCCUGAGAAAUGUUACAGCGCCCUCUGCCUGUUAACAUCAUUCAUUGAAACAGUCUGAGAUGUAGAGUAAACAUUAAAAUUAUGAAUUUUUAUAUAGUUGAGCCUGGUUGGUAUAUGUAACACAUAGAAAAUACAUUUUAUAUUAACGAGACAAAUGGCAAAAAGAUGCACUGCAUCUGUCAUGAGUUUAAUAACUUUAAUGAGCGCUACAAGUAGCCUGUGCUGCUGUUUAUUACCCUUGUGACCACCAAAUGCCAUUACCACUGAUCAGCACAUGUAGUAACUCCGCUUCACUCUGCUUGAGCUCGCUCUUAAAAUUGUAUGCAGUUUGAGGGUGUCGAGAUUGUAGCACUGUCCUUCAAACAACAUCAGUUGAUCAAUUUAAGAGUUAAAAAACACCGGCAGCUCAUAUGAGCUCGAAGGCAGGCAGAAUUAAACGCACCAAAAAUGUGCGUAAUUUGGAUUCGCAUGAUGCACCUUCACUUGCGCAAUCAAUAAUCGAUGAGCAGCCAAAUAUUAUACCUGCCGGGCGACAGUUAGACAGGACACCUCCAUCUAAAAUGGAAGGAGUAACAACAAGCCCCCCCAGCAAACCAGAUGGUUCUCCAACUUCAGAACAAGUGGUCAAAGAUGUGCCAUGUGGCCAGGAAGUAACUAAACCCCUUUCUUGCAAUGGAUCAGAUGAAGUUCUCCAGCACCCUAAAGUUAAAGAUGAGAGGAAGUCGGUCAGGAGGUCUAGUUCUACUUGUGCAUCAGCAACCCCUGGGAAUCCCGAUCCUGAAAUCUUCAUCCAGGGAAUGCAGGGAUACAAAUGGACGGACACAGACCUGGAGUUUGUCUAUCAAACCAAACGGAAAAAGCGAGUUCAACAGGCACAGCAAGAGUUAAGUGACUUGCAGAAGUCUCUGAAGAGCACGAAACAAAUGCGGGACAUGGGCUUUGCUGUGCUUGACAAAAUCCAAACAGAGCUUUCUAAGGUGGCGUCGUGUGAACGUCUACAGCAAAUUUCCAUGGAAAUACUUCUGAGGUCCCAGAGCUCUUGUCAGCUGGAAGGGCUUGAUCUUAAAGCUCUCCUUGCCAAGCUAAAGGUUGCUGAUGUGCACUGCACUACUGCUGAGGAGAAGGCAGAGGUCAGCAAACUCAAGACAGAGCUGGAAAAAGCACAAGUCUUGAGAGAAAAGGAGGAGGGACUCAUGAAGGACAUUGACAGCUAUAAGGAGAACAUCAAACAAAUCAAGGUAAACGUAGAUGCGCUGAAAGCAGAAAUAUCUGCUCUGAAAUCCCAGCUGUCUGGUAAAGAGACACCACAGUCAACUAAACCACGGCAAAAAGGCCACAGAGGCACCAAACCAUCUACUGUCUCUAAACACACUUUAGACCCCAAACCUCCUGCCUCUUCUCCUGCUCCAAAUACCUCCAAAGAUCCUGCUGCUCCAAAAACCUCCAAACCUUCUCCUGCUCCAAAAACCUCCAAACCUGCUGCCACCCUUAGAGCCCAGACUGCGUCCAAACCUCCUGCCUCACCUCCUGCGCUAAAAACCUCCAAAGCUCCUCCUGCUCCUAAAACCUCCAAACCUACUGCCACCCUGAGAGCCCAGACUGCGUCCAAACCUCCUGCCUCACCUCCUGUGCUAACAACCUCCAAAGCUCCUGCUCCAAAACCCUCCAAACCUACUUCUGAUCCUCUUGCACCAAAACCCUCCAAACCUCCUGCCUCACCUCCUGUGCUUAAAACCUCCAAAGCUCCUCCUGCUCCUGAAACCUCCAAACCUACUUCUGAUUCUCUUGCACCAAAACCCUCCAAACCUCCUGCCUCACCUCCUGCGCUAAAAACCUCUAAAACCCCCCCUGCUCCUGAAACCUCCAAACCUACUUCUGAUUCUCUUGCACCAAAAACCCUCAAACCUCCUGCCUCACCUCCUGCGCUAAAAACCUCUAAAGCUCCUCCUGCUCCUGAAACCUCCAAACCUACUUCUGAUUCUCUUGCACCAAAACCCUCCAAACCUCCUGCGCUAAAAACCUCUAAAGCUCCUGCUCCAAAACCCUCCAAACCUACUUCUGAUUCUCUUGCACCCAAACCCUCCAAACCUCCUGCCACCCUAAAAGCCCAGAAUGCCUCCAAACCUACCACUGCCCCAGAAGCCCCGGAGGGUGAUGUCAGAGGCCUCCGGCGCUCAAAAAGAAUCGCUGGUAAGAAAAAGUAGUGAAGAAUCAGUAGAAGAUCAGUUCAUUCCUCCAGCUCAGGAAGUUGUCUUCAUAUGUUCUUACUCUCAUUCAGGACAGACCUCUUUUUGAAAACGUUUUAAUUUGCAAUGAUGCAAUUUACAGUAGGCUUUUAGAUUGGAGGGACCAGUUUGGUGCCCUCCAGUGGAUAUUUUGAGUUUAGCAUUUAUGGACACUCAAUGGUGGAAAUCAGAUGUAAUUCUGUCUAAUGGUAUAACCACACAUUAAUGUAGUUUUUUGUUACUCCACAUGUUAAGAGUGUUUUUUUCCCUUUGGAGAUGAAUAAAUAUUUUUUUUUCAACCCUCUAUAAAGCCAUCUGGAA